CCUAUAAAAAGGAGUCUCAUUACCAAGGUGUCACAGAAGAAACAUCUCAUGAUGGGUAAAAGCAAAGAGCUUUCUCAAGACCUUCGCAACCUUAUUGUUGCAAAACAUACUGAUGGCAUUGGUUACAGAAGGAUUUCAAAACUUCUGAAUGUUCCAGUGAGCACUGUUGGGGCCAUAAUCCGGAAGUGGAAAGAACAUCAUUACACCAUAAACCGGCCACGACCAGGUGCUCCUCGCAAGAUUGCUGACUGAGGAGUGAAAAUAAUUAUCAGAAGAGUUGUUCAAGAGCCGAGGACCACUUGUGGGCAGCUUCAGAAGGACCUGGAAUCAGCAGCAAAUGGUGAUGAGCCUGCGGGUGUCGGAGCUGCAGGUGUUGCUGGGCUACGCUGGGCGCAACAAGCACGGACGCAAGCACGAGCUGUUGACCAAGGCACUGCAUCUGCUGAAGGCCGGCUGCAGCCCCGCUGUGCAUAUGAAGAUCAAAGAGCUCUACCGACGACGUUUCCCUGCCAAAAUGAUAUCCCACUCAGAGCUGGCCAUGCCCGGACCACACCACCCUGCCACAGCUGGAGUGGUUGGAGGAGGGGGCGCCGCACUGCCUGCUGGCCUGACACAGCUGGCAUAUGAGGGUCACGCCGGUCACGGUGGAGCCCCAUCGCCCGCUGCCUUACUGCCCCUCUCACUGCUCGGCCCAGGGAAACACGAGUUAACCGGGCUGACGCACCACCUGUCCACCUCGGCCACGCUGCACCCAGUCCACCCAGAUGUCAAGCUCCAGAGGCUGCCCUUCUACGACAUGCUGGACGAGCUCAUCAAGCCAACCAGUCUAGCAUCAGACAACAGCCAGCGAUUUCAGGAGACGUGUUUUGCUUUUGCAUUAACGCCACAGCAAGUCCAGCAGAUCAGCAGCUCAAUGGACAUCUCGGGGACCAAAUGUGACUUCUCAGUUCAAGUUCAGUUGCGGUUUUGCCUGUCGGAGACGAGCUGUCCUCAGGAAGACCAUUUUCCACCCAAUCUGUGUGUGAAAGUCAACGGGAAGCCGUGUAACCUGCCGGGUUAUCUUCCUCCAACCAAAAACGGCGUAGAGCCCAAGCGGCCCAGCCGGCCUAUCAACAUUACCUCACUGGUCAGAUUGUCCACCACAGUCCCUAAUACCAUUGUGGUGUCGUGGACCGCUGAGAUUGGAAGGAGUUACUCCAUGGCAGUGUACUUGGUGAAGCAGCAGUCAUCCACAGUGCUGUUACAGAGACUACGGGCAAAAGGCAUCAGAAACCCAGACCACUCCAGAGCACUCAUCAAAGAGAAGCUAACAGCAGACCCAGACAGUGAAAUAGCCACGACCAGCCUUCGAGUGUCGCUGCUCUGCCCGCUGGGGAAGAUGCGGCUGAUGAUUCCAUGCCGGGCGCUGACAUGCUCCCACCUGCAGUGCUUUGACGCCACACUCUACAUCCAGAUGAAUGAGAAGAAGCCCACCUGGGUUUGUCCUGUCUGUGACAAGAAGGCCCCCUAUGAACACCUCAUCAUUGACGGGCUUUUUGUGGAGAUCCUCAACAGCUGCAUGGACUGUGAUGAGAUCCAGUUCAAGGAGGAUGGCAGCUGGGCCCCCAUGAGGUCUAAGAAGGAAGUGCAGGAGGUCUCCUCUGCUUCCUAUAACAACGGCCUGGAUGGUUCAUGUCGGACGUCUGCGGGCUCAGAUCAGCGGAGCUCCUCCUCGUCCAGCCACGGUGGCAGCGACAGCAGUAAUAGCAAGAAAGUGGAGGUGAUCGACUUGACACUGGACAGCUCCUCAGAAGACGAAGGACAGGAUUCACCGCCGCCACUGCCGCCUCCACCCAAAAGAGCGUGUCCAUCUAUGUCGCCGACCUCGCCGCCCAUCAUCAACAAAGGAGUGUUGAACCUGCACCACCAGGCCUCUCCUGUGAGCCGCACUCCCAGCAUGCCAGCCGUGGACACCAGCUACAUCCCCCCUGUCCCCCCACUUAUCCAGGACUACAGACCCUACUACCACACCCCCAACGACCUCUCAGAGUUGAACUUCUUCUCUUUUCUUCAAGGCGACAAUCAUCAGCAUUACAACAUGGUGAUGGCAGCAGCAGCCGCCGCUUCAACCUCAGACGACCACGAGCUGCUUCUCAACCGCUUCCUGCCCUACAGCACCUCCUCCUCCUCCCAGCUGUUCCUCGACCAAUCAGGAGCCUCCUCAGCCACUUCGCUGACCGUGCCGACCAACGGGGCGAGCAACUCGGGCAGCACCAGCAGCCUGGUCUCAUCCAGCAGCCUCCGUGACACUCACUCCACACACUCGUCUUCACACUCGGGCUCACACUCCUCACACACACACCCUGGGGUGGUGGCCAGCCGGAGCAGCACUGAAGCAGCAGUGGCAGCUAUUUACGGAGGGAUACCUGACGUUAUAUCAUUGGACUGACUCAAGGAGAGUCAAGACUACACUUUGGGUCCAGCUACGAUCCAGUAACAAACCCAAUGGCAAACUUUUGACUGCAGGGUAAAGUCUUGAUCCAGAAACUAGACUGGCCCAAGUCAUUAAACUUAGAACGUUUGUGGAGUCGCAAUGACAAGACUGCCUCAAGAAGAGCACUAAUAUUAUGAGUGGGUAACGGGCCUGAGGGUUCCCUUCACGACACUGACCUGAGAACAGUACUGAGUCAUCACUUAAAGGUCAGCUGUGGACAUUGUGUUGGUAUACUGACUUCAGAUCAGAAACCUGUACAGCAUGAGAACCCACAUUACUUCUAUACAGGUACCACCCCGGCACAAAGAGCAAAGACGCUACCUGAGCAAAAACACAAAGGAGGAAGGCUCUUUUUUAUAAAAACGAGGAGUGGCACCGUGUACAGAGAACAAAAUAUAUUUUCCUCUUUUACUUUUGUAUGUUAAAUCGGGACAGUUUCAGUCUAGUGAGCUGCUUCAAUUGCUGUUUUUAAGUGGAGGAAUGAGGUUGGGUUUUUUUUUUCACAAAAGCUUAUACAUAUGCCUGUUGCCAUGUGGUUAUCUUUUUCUUCUCUUUUAGCUCUAUCCUGCUUAAAUUUACCAUUUGCAUUUCUUCAGUAUAAAGUUCUCUCCCUUUUUAUCUUUCUCUCUUGCUCGAGCUCAUUUUUAAAUUCAUGGUGUUUUAUUUCUCUAUCCAAUGACAAGAACUUUUCAGACACUGAAUUUACAGUUUAUUCAUGUACUAAUAAUUUUAUUAUGCUUGUUAAGUUAUGUAUGAUAUUUGAACAGUUAUAAAUAUAUAUAUAUAUAUAUAUAUAUAUAUAUAUAUAUAUAUAUAUAUAUAUAUAUAUAUAUAUAUAUAUAUAUAUAUAUAUAUAUAUAUAUAUAUAUACAUGUGUGUGCAUUCCCUUUGACCUUCAGGUUAAUACUGUGGGGAGUGUGUAGGUGGAAAUUAGCCAUUUCUGUUUUUUUAUUUUCACUCCUUGAUUUCCAACUCCUUACAAAGACUCUGCCGGGAUACAUUUAGAAAUGGAGACUUUAGACUAUUUAUACUUGCCAAUUUAGAGUUUUGAGCUGGAAGAGUUUGUCUUUUUUUGCACAAUGCCAAAAAUAAGAUAUGGUACCUAUGAAAAUUAUCACAAUAAUCAGAGUGCAGUUGAAUCUGUGUGCCACUGUGUUUCAGUCAAGUGUUCACUUCCUCGGUUUCAGCUGUUGGUUAUUUAGACACUCAAACUUUUGUCUUCUCAGUUUCAUCGUUUUAUGCUUGACUUUUAAAAAGUAAUUACAAUGAAAGUCAAGCUGUUGUAGCAGUUUCAGGCAUCCAUGACGUGACCAAGCUUAAACUAGUGCCUGUUUGUAUGCAUGCUUCACAGCGUGUUUGGGAUUGAGUUUUCAAACUCAUAAGAAUGUCUUAAAUGGUCACCCACAACCUCUGUCCCAUCUCUGUCGAAGGUUUUUAUCUAGGGAGUUAUCAUUGAGAAACUGAUUGUAGAAAAGCAGUGUAAGCAGACAGUUUAGUGCCACAGUGAACGAGGGAUAUCUCAACAUGCCAACUUAAACUGGGCACAAAGCCAGCUGGUUUAAAAAUACAUGACCUGGCUGUAACUUAAAAACCCUACAAACUAGUCUGCGUACAAUGUGGAAGUGUCAAACUGAGAUGGAGGCUUCAGGAUGCCCCAAUGUUGUCUAAAAAAAACAGAGUUUGCUCAUGAAUGUAUUGUACAAUUUUAAGAGUGAACACGCUUUUAGUCUUUGCCUCCAUUUCUGGUCACAUUACCUGUGACAUACAGUAGAUCUAGUGCCCCUCCUGCCCAGUCAGCCCACCCCUCCUCCAGCCUGUGUGUCCUUGAAACCUUCCCAGAGUCUCCUCUUAUCAGCCUCUCCUCGAUGUUCCACUUCCAGACGUCCGAGACAGGCAGCUCAAUUCAGAGCUUAAUUAUUUCCAUCUCAAUGAGAUAAUCACUUCUGACAGCAACCCCCAUCACCUGACAUCCCCUAUCCUGUCCUUCAGCAACUAACUGGGAGGCUUAGACAACCCAAAAUGACCCCCACCCCUCCUUGCCACCCGUGCUCUCUCUUGGCAUCUUUAACUUUAUUUCCUGUUCUUCUCAUGGGAACCAACCCCGGCUUUCAAACUGACUCAGUCAUUUGCCGGAACAAGUCUUGUGUAUUUCCUGUGUUCAGUAUUUUAUUUAUUUUGUAUUCUUAUUUCUAUAUAUUAUAUUUUUUACAAAUUGUCUGAUUUCCAUGGGUGAGUGUGAGAGUCACUGUCACUUGGGAUAUGAUUUUAUUUAAUAUGCAUUUUAUUAUUCUUUGCCAGCAUCGUGAUUUCUCAAAAAGGUACCAUGUAGUUAUUUGUCAUGGAAAUACCUGUGUGUAUUUUCUUGGGCACCGACAUGUUAACAUUUUAGAAUAAGGGCACAAAACACAUGCUUAAUUAAUACGUGCAUGAUUCAGGAUGUAUUGUGAACUCCUAUUGUUCACCAUUAACACAUCAUCAAGUCACUAUGAGUUUAUGUGAUUAAUAAACGCUUAAUGGCAAAUAUUAUUUUACACAAAAUUAGCUGUAAUCCAUAGAAAAAGGGCAGUACUGAUUCUUAUCGAAGUAUGAAGCUGUUUUUAUCAAACUGGUAGUAAGAGGCAGACAUUGAUGUGUUGCUGUAUGACCCUACAGUCAACAGAAACAACCUCUAGUAAAGUUGGCAAAUCACAAUCAGAUUCCUGACUCAAUAUGGCUUUUAGUCAUGCUAGCAUAGUGUGUCUAGGGAUGGCAAUGUUGGUCGGUCAGUUGGUCCACCACUUCUCUCUUCGUCUCAACAACUAUUAGAUGGAUUGCCAUGAAAUUUUAUACAGACAUUCAUAGUCUCCAGAGGAUGAAUCCUACUGACUUUUGUGAUCCUUUGACUUUUCCUCUAGUGCCACCAUGAGGUCAAAGUUUGUCCAAUACUUUAUGGCUAAAAACCUGCAAAACUAAUCACAUUCCCAUCAGCCUCAGCUGUACUUUGUUUUUAGGCUGAUAAGAAAAUGUUAGCAUGCUAACAUGCUAAACUAAGAAGGUGAACACUGUAACCAUUAUAUCUGCUUAACAUCUGCAUGUUAGCAUCCUGAUGUUAGCAUUUGUGCCCAAGUGCAGCCUCUUGUUCAUUCUCACUUCAUUACAAUGUAAACUGUUGACGUAUGGGUAAUGUGUGUCCAUUCACAGCCUGUUUGGCCAACUGGCACCUGCUGGAUGUCUGUUGGUUUUAGUGCACCAUUCUCUUCCCUGCUACACUCAACUUCUUUCAGCAACAAAAAUAUAUAAACAAAAUGAAAAAAAGACUCACUUGCUAGCUUGUAAAUGUGACAUAAACAAAGGGUCAUGCAGCAACAUGCAGAUGUUUGCAUCUGACUAUGAGUUUGAUAAAAACAGCUUGAUAUUUCUGUUAGAAGAGUUACGGUUGUGCUUUCAGAGAAGCUGAUCAAAUGCAUGCAUCUGAAAUGGCCUUUUCUAUUAUCCCUGUCCAAAGAAAACCAUGUAUCCAAAUUUGGGAAUUUUGAAUUUUCCUGAGACCUUUAUGGGUUGAGAAAAAUCUCGAACUUCUUGAGCUAAAUAAACCUUUUAAAAAAAACUUUGGAUUAGCUAAAAAUGUAUGGUCACAGAGCAGAAAACAAGGGUGUUUUUCUUAGCUCAUGAAAAGUAGACAUUUUGGAGAUGCAUGGUUUUCACAGAACAGCGAUGAUACUGUAAGUAACUUUUAAGUAACAUUCAUUAACUGAUGAUCCAUAAAGUGUUAACUAAUCACAAAAGAGCUCACAGUGACUUGAUAAUUUCUUAAUAGUGAGCAGUGGGAAUUCAUAAUACAUCCUGCGUUAAAUCAUCAUGACUUGUGCAUUAGUUAUUUAGUACUUAAGCAUGUGUGUUUGUACCUUUAUUACAGUGUUACCCUGACUUCCUAUACUAAUGAAGAUGUUGAUCCUUUUAGUUUCCAUCAUGUUAAUUUGAAUAUUAAUCACCAGUGUUUGGGUACUUGAUAAGGUGGUCACAGUUAACGAAUGCCUUUGAUCACGAUUUAAUUUAUUUGAACUACUUAUUUCGUCACGCUUGUCAUGAGACGGUGCAGCAGAUUGCGAAUGCGCACAUGAAGUGAGAGAGCAGACCGUGUUGAAUGUGUUUCUGUUAAAGUGCUCUACAUACUGGGGGUCUAAAAUGUCUGAUUGCAUGCAGGGAUGGAUAAGCACAGGGCUGUUUCCAUCUCGAUCCCUCUCCAACUUCAGUCACACACAGGUGUGAACACGUGUGUAGUAUAUAUACAGCAUUUUUGCAGCAGUUUAUAUGUUUGCUGGUUCGAAGUGUGUGAGGAAACUGGGCCAAAACCAGCGUCUGCACAAAAUACAGUGAAUGGAAUAUGGCCACUAUUAUCAGUAGUUACUCUUAACGGUGUUUUGAAAAUCUCCACAGGCAACCUUGACAAAGCAGCUCAACUCUUUGGUUGUCAUGAUUUCUCACCUUAGAUAAAAGGGAAAAGUCAACAAUGUGUAUAUUAUGUCUGUAUGGAAACCCGAAAACUGAAAUUUCAGAUCCAAACAUGGGUGUUUGAUGUCUGUUUGUAUGCUUUUUGUGUGUCAAUUCAGAGCGAGAGAAUAAAUUAAUUUAUAUAUUUUUUAGAAAAUGAAAGCUGUACUAUUAUAAUUAAAAAAGGACUGUGGCCAAUAAAGAGUCUUACACAAGUGAAAUAAUCUCAAAGUCAGACUCGAGUCGACAUCUGCACUCACUGCCUUAAAACAUUCACAGGUUCUGUUUCACGGCUCCAAUCCGAGAAAAAUCAUAAAAAGGCUUUUCAAGGAGGGCGAGGAGAAGACAAUGUACAGUAGACCCUCGUCAGUUUGUACAAAUAUACUAAGUGAAAAAAAUAUUUAUUACCUGCAUUGGAAGAAAUUGUUUACUUGUUGAAUGUUACCUGUUUAUGUAGAAAAGUUUAGAUGUAAUAAAAUGCAUUCUGUUA